AUGUUGUUGGUGUGUUUCUCUCCAGUGUCUUCUCUAGAGAAUGGCAAUGUUGGGGGCCAGAGGAGAGUGGAGUCAGACAGCGGCGCCUUCACACACUCAUCCACACAGGACACAGAGAGUGAGAUCCACCAUUUUACCACAGCAUCCCCCAUGAACGUCCCCAACCACCGGCCUGUCUUCAGAGGAUUGGCCCUACAUGAACUCCUGCUCGCUAAAGAUUUCCAGGGGGACCAGCGGUUCUUCACAGACCAUGGAGACGUGGCAGGACAUCCCACAAUGCCCAGCUCUGUUUCUGCCUUUGAGGCGGGGGACGCCUCAACUCGCCUGGUGCCACACGAGGAUGCCCCUGCCUUCUCUGACAUCGCCACUACUGCCACGGUGGCUGCCACAACCCCCCUCACCAUCUCUGCGUCUACAGCCCCUGGGCUACUGGUGAGCAUGGCUCAGAAUAACAAGUCUGCCAAGGACAAGGCCAGGGAUGCAGAGGAGGUGGUGGUGACCACAGACUCCCUGACCACGCCUGUAGUAGCAACCACUGCCCCUACAGUCAGUGGCCACAGCCCCAAUGUCCCCACCUUCCUGAACGGAAGCCCCAAUGGUCAGGGGGAAGUUAUCAUGGAGAACACCCUGCCCCCCCCUGUCCUGACUACCUCAGUGAGUGUGGAGAAAGGGGAGUCAGAGGAACCACGGGUAAAGAACAGAACAGGCCCUGGGAUCCAGCUCACCAAACUGACCACAGUAUCCACAGGAGAGGUGAAUGAGGGAAUGACCACCACAACCAUCAUCACAACCACCACCAUCACCACCAUGCAGACACCAGGUAACUUCUGUUUCUAUUGGUCUCAUACACAAAUAGAGUGAAGCUAGAAGUAUGUAAAUCCAAUUACAUCCAAUUGGCAACUGCUACUUUUCUGUAAUGGCCUAAUGCAAUGGCUUUAGAGUAGCAGUUUUAAUGCAGGCAUCAUCAAAUCAAUUAAACUAUCAACAGUUCGAAAUUUACUCAGGGGCGGGUCUUAAAAUCACUUAAACUAUCAACAGUUCACUGCAGUUCACAGCCUAGAGUAGAAUUUUGUACUCACUUGAAAACAAUAAUGCAAUUAUUCAUUGCAAUGUGGUGUUGUAGGCUAAUAUAAUUUAGGUAAGAUAAUUGUGUUGUCCCCCUCUCUUGCAUGUCUCAUGUCUUCACUAUUCUUUCAUGUGCAAUGACACACCUGGCCUCUCCACUUACAUUGAAAAUUGGUGCAGCUUUGAAUGAUUUUAUGUCUGAUAUGAUGCUAGUUAGCCUAUUCCAGAUCUGGACAAACAUUCCACCUACCACUAUUGUCACUAUGAAUGGUGGAUAGAGGGCAGGAUAGACAGUUAGACUGGUAAACUAUAUUGGCCUGUGGUAUAGUUAGCGCCCAGAAAAGCGUAGUGCAUAAGGGAAGUACCAAAACACCUUGAUAUAGGGGAGGCGCAUGCAAGCAGAUGAAAAAAUGUGGCUAGGAUGGAAGAAAGCCCAAAAAAAGAGUAUGCCAACCAGGGGUUGGAACAAAAAUUAUUUUCCAAUAGUUUUAGUUCUGAACAGAACCAUUAUUGUUUUUGUUCCAUUUCACUGUUCCGACCAGCAAAAUAAAGUUCUGAACCGGUUCGAACCAAAAAUAAGUAACGGUUUAUAUCGUUCCUUUCUGUUCCUUUUUAAACCUCUGAUUUUUUUAUAGAUUUUUUACAUUUAUCUUAACAUUAAAUGACAUCACCAAUCAGUGCGGAUAGAGCAGCCUGCUAUGGAGGGGGCAAGCUAUUUACAUGCAUUGAACAGAAGAGUGUAGGGAGCGAGAUGAGACUGAAAUUUUGCAGGUGGGGAGAGUGCGAGAGAGGGUCCCAUGCUUUUAAAAUAAUGGUUCUGUUCAGGAACUGUAUAGAUCAUUUUCGUUCGCGGUUCUGAUUUAGUUCCCUGCCGACAACAUUUUACAUUUUUGUAAUUUAGCAGACGCUGUUAUCCAGAGCAACUUACAAUUAGUGAGUGCAUUAUUCUUUUUUCAUUUUUUUCAUACUGGCCCCCCGUGGGAAUCAAACCCACAACCCUGGCGUUGCAAGCGCCAUGCCCUACCAACUGAGCUACACGGGGCCCUUUGUCCCUAUUUUGGACAAACCCACCCCAGUACAUUUCAAACUGUCCAUUAGAAUGGGAUAUUCAGUCUAACCAGAAAUUCAAGUUUUCUGCAAGUAUUCUGCCAUUUAGCAGUGACCUAAAGUGGCCUGCCUGACUGCCUCUCACUCAUAGUGUUUACUCAGACUUUAGUCAGAGUUUUUUACAGCGAGGCAGGAACAUCAUCGGAGAGGGCCAGUCGGUGUUGCCCAUACGUCCAUGGUGACCGCUCCCAUUCAUCUGGCACCCAGGAUCACAAAGCUGAUCAUGCGACAAACCAAUCUGCUGAGGCCGGCUCCACCUGAUCUGUGCUGCCUGGUUGUCCUCUCCAGUGGGUCUAGAUGGCUGAGGGGCGGCGUGAUCUCUGGGGCCCGGGCUGAGAGGCAGGGAACCUGGGGAGUUAAUGAGGGGGUUAGAGGGCCACUGAGACACAGAUGGGCUGUUAGAGAUGGAUCAGUAGUCUGGGAAGAGGGAUCACCUGUCUUUUUAUUUCUCCUGUGCCAGGUCCUUGUACUGUGAAUUUCACUGACCCCGAGGGCCACAUCAAGAUUCCACCGCAGCAUUCUGCAGCAUUGUCAUCCGACCCUGGAGUGGACUGCAUCUAUGUGGUGACCGUCUACCUGGGAUACGGGAUUGAAGUACAGGUCAGUGAAAACAGGAUACUGUCU